GGAGAGGUAGAACUCAACUCACAGGCAGGACAGAGAGAGAGAGAGAGACCCAGUGAAGACCUUUGAAGAUCUCUGAAGAAGUGAAGCUACAACUGAAGAUUUGUGAAGGAGACUAUCACCAUGGCCAUGUUGACCAUUCUUCUGCUUCUCAGCGCUGCCUUUGCUUUGGGAGACGCAAAUGUACGAGGACCAUUCUUCACGUUUAUCAAGACAGCAAGGACAUGGGCAGAAGCAGAGCGGCAUUGUAUUUCCCUUGGAUUUAACCUGGCGUCUGUGCAUAGCUCUGAUGGGGCGCAAUAUCUAAAGGAGCUGGUGUUUUCCGAGACUGGCGAAUUCACUCCUACCUGGAUUGGAGGGUUUGAAGAUCCUAAAGAAAUACUGAAAGAGGACAGGCUAUGGUUCUGGAGUGAUGGUUCCGAGUUUGAUUACCAGAACUGGAAUCAAGGAGAGCCCAAUAACAGUGGUGGCAGCGAGCCAUGUAUUAUGAUGAACUCUGGAGGUGGAGAAGGCUGGAACGAUCUAGCAUGUGGAAACAGAUUGCCCUCGGUGUGCUUGGGCGGCGAAUAGAGAUCCUGGUUCGAAUCCAGGCUCUGUCGUAGCCGGCCGUGACCGGGAGACCCAUGAGGCGGCGCACAAUUGG